AUCUGAAAAAAUGUCAAAAAAAGUCAAAUCCAGCAAGACCAACUCAAAAGGUUCAAAAACACCGGCAAAGAAACAGAAAGGUAAAAAGGAUGAAGUUGAUCUUUCUAUGGCCAGUAUAGGCCACCCAGAAAUAUUUCCUUUGCUUUUGACUGCAAUGACCCAAGAAAUUUUUAAUUUGCAACCUGAUGAAGAUGUUGCAGAAGAAAAUUAUUUCAAGUGUAUUAAAAAAGAGGACAUAAUUCAAGACCUGAAAACAAGAGCUAAAUCUUCUGAUUUCUACCCUCUCAAAAAAGUUGUCCUAGAAUAUCCAGGGGAAGAACUCUUGGUAGUUUUUGAUCCAGUCUUCCAGUAUGGAGAGAACUUUUAUAUUAUUGCUUCUGAAGAAGCCAAGGAAAACUUUCUACAGUCUUUAGCAGCUGCAGAAGAAAGAGAAGAAUCAGAAGAAGAAAACAGAGUGGAAACUCUGGAAGUCCACAAACCUUGGGUUUCCCUUGGCAGUGAAAAGGAAGUUGAAGAAGAAUCUGUUAAAGAAAGGGAUACAAAGAUUAAAUACAAGAUCUCUCGAGUUCGCAGGAAGUUUGGUGCACCCAUUACAUUUACUGACAAGAAUGCUUCAGAUGAAAAAGACAGCUAUGCUGAAUGCACAGCCUAUGAAGAUGAUACUUUUAGUAUUAAAAUUCUUGAAAGGGAUGUGGGGGUGCAAAUGGUUCCAAAACUAAGAGAAACUAGUACUCAGACAAAAUGGACCUAUCCAAAAAAUGCAUCCACGCAGUAUUACCCAAGGCAGUUGUCAAAUGAAGAAAAAGCAGAGAGUCUGUCAUCUGAGACGCUGAAAAAAUUUCUUACAGCAGCACGUUUAAGAGUAGAAAUUGCACUGCAGCAAAAUGAAAUUAUGGACGUUUUUUUUGAUGACUGGAAGGCCCUAGCAGAAGACCAAGAAGAAGGCAAGCCAGAUGUUUAUCUUAAAGAAUACCAAUCAUUUACAGAUGUGCAGUACCUCAAGAACAGAAGCAUUAGCUGCAUUCGCUGGCAUCCAACCAUUUAUGGGAUUAUAGCACUGUCAGCAAGACAGCAGUCUUCAUACGAAGAACAAGUUAACCUUUCUAAUAAAUCAUUGCUACAUCAGCCAGUUAUACUUCUCUGGAGUUUGUUUCACCCUCUCUGCCUCCAGUUGGUGUUGAAGGCUCCUGAAGACAUUUGUUGCUUUCAGUUCAGUCCAAAUGAUCCAAAUAUCAUUGCUGGUGGCUGCAUUGAUGGACAGGUUGUAUUGUGGGAUAUUUCUAAACAUGAAGAAAAGCUGGAAAGUACAAAGCCUGUUCCUGAUGAAAUCAUUGACUCGUCUGAGGGUGAGCCAGGUGCAGCAGCAGCAGUGGUGAUUGAGCCAUCACCUAAGCAAGUCCAGCAGAGUAGCACAGAGCCACCUCUAGUGAGACACUGUGCAGCCUCUUCCACACCAUAUUGUCAUACAAGGCCAGCAGAAGAUGUAAAGUGGCUACCAUGUAACUUUGAGGAAAACCAAAAGGGUGGUACUUCUGAAACCAAAGAUGAAAAAAAACUGCAGCUUGUAACCUGCUCCCCUGAUUGCUCAAUAUUGUUUUGGGAUAUUCCAUCCAUUGAACGUCGUGAACAAUUUUUAUCUCAGAAAAUAAAGGAGGAGAAAAGAUCUCACAUGCCCCCUGGUCCAAAUACUGAUGAGGAUUUAGAUCUCUCCUGGAAACCACUCAUAAAGAUAAAUCUGCGUGAAAGGGAUAACAACACAGAGUAUGGUCCCAUGAGAAUCAGUUUAAGGAAACUGCAGUAUCGUUACAAACCCCCAGGGAAGGUGAGAUCUCGGAGCACACUGAGGGCACCCAUCAAGGAGAGCCCAUAUACAGAGAUGAGUGUUUCUUCAAGCAAAAAUCUGGAACUGUUAGACAAUAUAUCCACAGACUUUUUUGUUGGGAAUGAAGAUGGAGAAAUUGUUUAUUCUGAGUGGAAAAAGAAAAUUGAUACGAAUACAGCAAAACCAGUUAGUCAGAAGCACUCCCAGAAAUAUGCUCUCCACACCGAGACUAUCAACACUCUCCAGAAAUCUCCAUUUUUUAAAGACAUCUUUCUAAGCAUUGGAGGCCAGAAGUUUGCCAUUUGGAAAGAAGGAGUUACAAAUGGACCAAUCCUUCAGUCAAGCUGCUCUGCAGGAAGAUACACUGCGGGACAAUGGUCCUUAACAAGACCAGGAGUUUUCUUCAUUGGCAGAGACAAUGGAAUUAUAGAUAUUUGGGACUUACUGAAGAAAACUCAUGAGCCAUCUCAUUUCCAGAACAUCUCCAAAUCAACCAUCACUUUCAUCAGCCCCUCCAGUGCCUCAGCAGAGCAGCAUUUUCUGGCUGUUUCUGACAAUCUUGGAGUUCUGCAUAUUUUGGAAAUCUGUCAAACAUUAUGUCACCCUUCAAGUAAUGAGCAUGCCAAUGUACUUGAUUACUUUGAAAGAGAAGUUAAAUAUCUGAAGUACUGUGAGGAGGAGUUUAAAGAGUAUGAAAAAUUUCAAGCCAAAACAGAAUUGAAAUUGAACUGGAGACAGAGAGACAGAAAACAUGUAUGACUACAGAAAACUAAAGAGAUGGAGGAUCAAGAAAAUGCACAUUAUACUGUGUUUCUAGAGCUGGAGAAGCAGAUGGCAAUGGAUUUAGAAACAAGAAACACUUUCCCCACUGGAUGCUUAGAGCUCAUUAUCACCUUUAGAACCAGCAAACUUCUUAUUGAAAAACUUCUAUUUCAGCAGAACAUGUUUAGCUUUGGAAAUAAAGAAUUUUACAGUGAG